AUGCACCGAGAAACAUUCCUAACAUAGUUUGGGAACAGUUCAGCAGACAGCCCAGGAGCGACGUCAGCUUCCCACUACGAUAUAAAAGACCGGAGGUGGCCGGACCUCAGCAGACUGCAAGGGGUUUACCGAGACCGUCAUCCACUCCAAGGAGCCUCUAACGCUACAGACUACCAUAAAACAAGAGAUCCAGACGACUGAAAGAGGAAAUACCUACGGUCUAGGACUGCUCCGAAGACAGACUAUAUCGACUUUUCACAAAAGUGGGAACAGGAUUCAUCUUGAACGCGCACAAGAAUAUCAUCCAAGAUGCUGAUGUUUACUGUUGUCUUUGCCUUCCUUGGAAGCCUUAACAUGGUCCUCUCCUCUUCCUCUUGCUCCUCCGUGUGUGAGUGUCCACUGGAGAUGCCCAAGUGUGCACCAGGCGUGAGCGUCGUCCUGGACGGCUGCGGCUGCUGCAAAGUUUGCGCCAGACAGCUGAAUGAGGACUGUAGCCUGACCGAGCCCUGCGACCACACUAAAGGGCUGGAGUGUAACUUUGGGGCCAGCUUUGCUGCUGCUACUACUCGUGGCAUCUGCCGAGCCAAGUCAGAGGGCAGACCCUGUGAGUACAACAGCAGGAUCUACCAGAAUGGAGAGAGCUUCCAGCCCAACUGUAAACACCAGUGCACAUGCAUCGACGGUGCAGUGGGAUGUGUCCCGCUGUGCCCACAGGAGCUCUCCUUGCCCAACCUGGGCUGUGCCAAUCCCAGACUGGUCAAGGUGGCGGGCCAGUGCUGUGAGGAGUGGGUGUGUGAUGAUGGCAAAGAGACAGACAUCCUGGAGAGAAUCUUUGGAAAAGACACAAUGACUGAUGAACUGGAAAGAGACCUCACCAACAGGAACGAGCUCAUUACAAUGGUCAAGGGAGGACUCAAGUCUCUACCUGCAUUCAGACCAGAGCCAGAAGUCCACAUGUUUGACAGCCAGAAGUGCAUCAUCCAAACCACACCCUGGUCCCAGUGCUCCAAGAGCUGUGGAAUUGGCAUCUCCACCAGAGUCACCAACAACAACAGCGAGUGCAAGCUGGUCAAAGAGACAAGGAUCUGUGAAGUUCGGCCAUGCACCCAGUCACCUUACUCCAGUCUGAGGAAAGGGAAAAAGUGCAGCAGAACCAAAAGGUCCAUUCAGCCAGUGAAGUUCACUUACGCUGGCUGCUCAAGCCUGAAGAAGUACAGGCCCAGGUACUGCGGAGCCUGCGUGGACGGGCGCUGCUGCAGCCCUCAAAACACCAGAACCAUCCGUGUUAAGUUCCGCUGCGAAGACGGCGAGACCUUCAACAAGAACAUGAUGAUGAUUGAGUCCUGCAAGUGCACCUACAACUGUCCCCAUGUACACGAAGCCUCCUACCCCUUCUACCGCCUCUCCAACGACAUCCACAAGUUCAGAGACUGAUCGGGGAAGAACGCCCAAACUUCCACUCGACGGACAGUGAUCAUCAGCAUCUCUGGCAGCCAGGGGCGGCCCAGAUGAACGCAGGGGUUUCAAUCCACCACCAUGCUGUAACUAGAUUCCAAAGGAAUUGUAAGCUUACAUCAUGAGGACUUAAUGAAGUGCACUGUUUGCUGUGACCACAUCAGCAUUCUUAAAAAGAACUGCUUCAUAUUAAUGGAGCAUCCGAAGUAGCUUCGUUAUGGAGCAAGAUGUAAUUAAUAUUUGUACAUUUGUUAGUUGUUGAUAUCAAUUCACUGUGUAUAUUUUGAUCCUUCACAUCAGACAUGUCCCAGACUCUAGACCUGUAUGUCUAUAUGUAGAUAUGCACAUGUGCAACUCUGAUUAGCAUCCCAUCUUGUAUCUGAAGAACAAAACCCCAGAAUUGAAAUGUAACCUCUUGGCUUGUUUGACAAGUGUGCAGUUUCAUUCCUUCCUGACGUGGGCAUUAUUGUUCAUGUUUUCUGGCAGCUAUCGAACUCCCUUCAUGAAAAAGACAAGGCAAAACAUGUCAAAGGAUGAAUGAAUGUUUUUAUUAUUGUUAUAUUAUUUAUCGUUAUUUUUUAAAGUGUAGCUACUUUAUUUGGAUAUUAUUUGUCAUACUGGAAUAAAUUGUAAAAUGAUUUAAUUUUAUAUGCUACAAAUAAAACUGAUUUAUUUAUAAA